GAGGACACUAAGCCCCAACACAUUAAAGAAGAACAUGAGGAACUGUGGAUCAGUCAGGAGGAAGAACAGCUUCAAGGACUAGAGGAGGCUGAUACAGCCAAGUUCCCCUUCACUCCUGUCUCUCUGAAGAGUGAAGAUGAUGAAGAGAAACCUCAGUCCUCACAGCUUCAUCAGAGACAAAUUGAACAGAUGGAAACAGGAGUUGAUGGAGAGGACUGUGGAGGAGCAGAACCAGAGAGGGACUUGGAUCCAGAGAGACGUUUACAACCAGAGACUGAGGUCGAGACUGAAGACUCUGAUGAACCUGAGACUGAUGACAGUGAUGAUUGGAAAGAGACAGGAGAACAUCUGUCAGAAUUAAACUUGAAAAAUAAGAAACUAAAGACUGGUAAGAGACCACACAGCUGCUCGGAGUGCGGUAAAAGAUUUAACCAAAAAGGGAAUCUGACCAGACACAUAUUAGUUCAUAUAGGAGAGAAACCCUUCAGCUGCCCUGUUUGCAGCAAAAGUUUUCACAAUAGAGUAAGUCUGAACAAACACAUGAUGAUUCACACAGGAGAGAAACCCUUCAGCUGCUCUGUUUGCAGUAAAAGUUUUACCCAUAGACAAAGUCUGACGUAUCACAUGUUAGUUCAUAGAAGAGAGAAAUCUUUCAGCUGCUCUGUUUGCAGUAAAAGCUUUACCCAAAGAGGACAUCUGACCACACACAUGUUAGUUCAUACAGCAGAGAAACCCUACAGCUGCUCUGUUUGCAGUAAAUGUUUUAACCACAGAGGAAAUCUAACCAAACACAUGUUAGUUCAUACAGGAGAGAAAGCUUUCAGCUGCUCUGUUUGCAGUAAAAGCUUUACCCAAAGAGGACAUCUGACCACACACAUGUUAGUUCAUACAGCAGAGAAACCCUUCAGCUGCUCUGUUUGCAGUAAAUGUUUUACCCAAAGAGGUAGUCUUACCACACACAUGUCAGUUCAUACAGGAGAGAAACCCUUCAGCUGCUCUGAGUGUGGUAAAAGGUUUAGUUCUAAGAGAAAUCUGACCAGACACAUGACGAGUCACACAGGAGAGAAACCCUUCAGUUGCUCUCAGUGUGAGAAACGUUUUACCAAAAAAGUGUCUCUGACCAGACACAUGUUAGUUCAUACAGGAGAGAAACUUUUCAGCUGCUUUGAGUGUGGUCGAAGGUUUAGUUCUAAGGGACAUCUGACCAGACACAUGAUGAUUCACACUGGAGAGAAAUGCUAAUCCUUUGCAAUGGUAAAACUGAUCCAAAGGAUUC